UAGCACACCAAAGGCGCGUAACUCAGUUUGAAAUUGGUCAGGAAUUGCGUCUACGGCUUAAUCAACCGUCCGUCAAUUACGAAAUGGCUGGAGGAAAAGCAGGAAAAGACUCCGGGAAGGCGAAAGCGAAGGCUGUUUCGCGCUCACAGAGGGCUGGACUGCAGUUUCCAGUGGGUCGUAUUCACAGACACCUGAAAUCCAGGACUACAAGUCACGGGCGCGUCGGAGCCACUGCCGCAGUGUACAGCGCUGCUAUUCUGGAGUAUUUGACUGCUGAGGUACUUGAGCUGGCGGGAAACGCAUCUAAAGACUUAAAGGUGAAGAGAAUCACCCCACGUCACUUGCAGCUUGCCAUCAGAGGUGAUGAAGAGCUGGACUCGCUCAUUAAGGCCACUAUUGCUGGUGGAGGCGUUAUUCCUCACAUUCAUAAGUCUCUUAUUGGAAAGAAGGGACAACAGAAGACUGUGUAAACUGAACUUUGUAUGUUAGCUGUCUUGGGGCAUGGAAAUGUUCAGAUGUGUUUUGUUUGCCCUUUAGAUUAGUAGAAUUUUAAGACUUUAUAUUAUCCAGCUUUGCAUUUUACUCAUUUCUGGGUUGUUUUUUUCAAACAUGGCUUCAGAGAAGCUUUUUUGUUUUGUUUAAUGUUUUACUUGGUCUUCUGUGUACCCUUUUAAUUUGUAACAUGGCAUUUGGCGUUUGUACUUGUGAAGUUUCAUUUCAAUAAAGGUCAGUGCCAUGUGUGGUCUGGUGGAAUUUGCUUAAUUUCAUUGUAUUAAUAAGUCAGUCUGUUUUAAAUGUAUCAGCUUUCUGUGUACAAGUCUAGCUAGUAUAGAAUAAAAAUAAAUAACUGGCUAGGGUUAUCAAGUCAAAAGUUCCCAUGGGGAACCUGGAGAUAGUCAUUUUGUCAUGGAAACUUUUACAUAAAACUAAAUGUAGCUGUUUUGCUCUUAUAUGGAGAAUAAAUGUACCUGAAGUCAUAUCUGCCCAAGCAAUCUGUAAAAUUAAAAAAUACUUAUCCUCUUGAUCAUGAACAGCUGGAAAUGUUAUGGAGGUUCACCAGUCAAAGUGUGGUUUGUAACUUGUGUAUGUUUCAUACAAAUAUACAUAAAUGGCAAGUUAACUGAAACCUUUGGA